ACAGGCAGAGCAGCAAUGAGCUCAGUGAGGUGAUCUACUGUCGGUUGUCGGAAGCCCCCCUGGUCUGGUCUUUUCCUUACAGAACCCCCCCACCCUCCCUCAAUCCCCUGCCCGGCCCUGUCUUUCUUGCUGAAUAUUGAGGGAAUUUGAAACUAUCAAAGCAGCCAGGAAACCCCCCCCCCCCCCCCUCCCUCCCAUACCAGCACAGGAACAGACAGGGAAAUCCAGUGGCUGCCAAGUGCAGAAGCAGACUUUGGAAACUCUGCGUGUGUCAGAGCAGAGGAGAGCAAAAGGAGGCGAGGGUGGAAUUGUAGCACAACGCAAAGUGGUUUAUUGUCCCCUGAUUCCGAAGAUGAAGUUGAAAAAAAGAAGCUGUUGCAGCCAUGGAGUCUGAAGCUGUAGACAGCUGCAUUCAGAGAUCACUCUCUGCCCUCUAUCCCCCAUUUGAAGAAACAGCUGCCACCCUCCUUGCGCAGGUGUUUGAUGUACUGGAGAAGAUCUACCAACAUGAUGCUCUGCGCUAUAUCAUCGAUUUCUUCAUCCCUGCUAAGCACAUCCUGCAAACUAUCCAGCAACAGGCCUGUGAACCGUAUGGCGGCCGCCGCUUCGCCCACGCGGGUUGGCCCCUGUGCCAGCGCGGCCUGGUGGUGGUGCAGCUGGCUGCCCUGGACUGGCGCCAGCUUCGUCCCGGCGACUUCUACCUGCAGCUGGCUCCCCGCCAGGCCGGCCGCGGGGCCCGCCUGCUGCUGAGGUGGCCGGGCCCAGAAGGCCCGGGGUCGGAGCCGGUGCCCGAGGCUUCCUACCCGCACCUCUUCACCGCCGAGUGGCUGGACGGAGUCAACCGGCGCCACAGCGGCAGAGGAGGAGGCGGCGGCGGCGGCCUCGGCCUCGAGUGGUGCCUGGCGGCCGAAGGGGGCCGGCUGAAGAGGCUGCCCUGGAGGCGGGUGGUUUACCCGCUGUUGGAGCCCGAGGACGGGCCCGAAGCCGAAGCCGAAGCCGGGCCUCGCCCGCCCGCCAUCGGGACCAGGAGACGGCCCUCGGGCGACGGAGCGGACGCUGAGCCGCGGACCGGGGCCGAAGCCGGCCUGAAGAGAAGCCUGGGCAACGGGCAGGAUUGGAGCUGGGAUAACGACGCUCCGGACGGCGAGGCUUCCACUUACUGCUCGGUGACGGCCUGCGGCCUCGACGACAACGACGACCACCAACUUCAAGAUGGCGACGAGGGCGAGUACGUCGAGCUUCUGGAAGCUUCCGCGCACGCGCGUGGCUGCCCUCGCCCGCGCCCGCGCCCGCGCCGCGCCUGCGCGCUGCCCGCCUCGCGCACGGCCUCGCUGCCGGCCGCCGCCGGGCGCCGUCGGCCUGCGGGCACGCAUGCGCGGGCGCGGCGCGGGGCCUGGCAGCACCGCCGUCGGCGUCGGAGGGGCGACAGCGGCGGUUGUGGCGGCGGCGGCGGCGGCGGAGGUGGGACCAGACGGAGGAGCAGGACGUCGAGCAACAGCCGCGCCGCCGCCGAGCAGGCCACGCCGUUGCCCGGGGCGACGGGCCGAGCUGAGGUGGAGGGAGCAGGCGACGCCGACGCACACGCCCCCGAGCCGCCCCGUCCGGAAGCCGCGACCCCAUUGGAUGGCGAGCUCGGUCACGUGGGACCGGGCAGCGGCUCUGCGCUGCCAUUGGCCGAGGAGGAGCGCGCCCCGGGCAGGACCGCAUGCCGAUUGGACGAAGAAGCGUGCCCGUCCGAAAUGAGACCCGGUCAUCCAUUGGCUAUAGAAGGCACGUCGGCCAUGGCAACUGGACUGUCAUUGGCUGGACGGGAAGGGUCCCCAACCCUAUUGGCUGGACGUGAAGGGUCCCCAACGCCAUUGGCUGGACGGGAAGGAUCCCCAACGCCAUUGGCUGGACGGGAAGGGUCCCCAACCCUAUUGGCUGGACGUGAAGGGUCCCCAACGCCAUUGGCUGGACGGGAAGGAUCCCCAACGCCAUUGGCUGGACGGGAAGGGUCCCCAACCCUAUUGGCUGGACGGGAAGAAUCCCCAACGCCAUUGGCUGGACGGGAAGGGUCCCCAACCUUAUUGGCUGGACGGGAAGGAUCCUUAACCCUAUUGGCUGGACGUGAAGGGUCCCCUACCCUAUUGGCUGGACGGGAAGGAUCCCCAAUGCCAUUGGCUGCAAAUGAACAGUCCCCAGUGCCAUUGGCUGGUGACGGCUCGCCGCAAAAUGGGGGCCGGCUAUUGACACCGGAUCCCUGCCCAAAACCCGCGUCUCGCCGGCCACUGCCUGAUCGGAGCUCGCCAAAACCUACAUCCCAGCGGCAUUCACGGAAAUUUGGCAGUGACCCGUCACUGGACCAAUGGAAAACUGGGAUCGUGCCGUCGCCGGCGAAAAGGGUUUUGCCAAAUACGUUGCCUGGGAUGUCGCUGCCUCGGGAGAGCGAACGAAAAACCGGGACCAAACAUUCCAUGGCUGUGAUCAAGCUGCCAAAGACGAGGACCAAAACAUUUCUGGUUGAAGAAAUUGCAGCAACAACUGGGCCUGAACAUUCGUCUGGUCAACAAACUUUAUUGGAAACGGGGACUCAGCAGUUGUUGGCUGAACAGAGGCCGCCUGCAUCUGGCACCAGGCAGUCUUUAGAUGCACAGGUCAAGUCAAGGAUGACGACUGACCAAUCAUUGAGUCAGCAGCCUGCCAUGGCAAUUGGCACCACACCCCCAUUGGAUGAAUAUAUGGGAUCUGAAUUGACCAAUCAGAGUACAACGACAUCUGGGAUUGGACCGUUAUUGGCUGGACAGGAUCAGGUAACGAGUAGGACUCAGCAGCCAUUGGCUGACGAGGCUGCCCCAAGACCUGGGAGAGAACAGCCAUUGGCUGAACAAACAGCCUUGACUGGUGAUUCAUUGGCUGAGUCUGUAGGACCUGGACUAAGGCAGACCAAUGCUGAGCGAGAUCCAGCCAGAACUUGUGCUGAUAGGUCACAUUCGGCCAAUGAACAAUCUGCCGUCAGGACACAGCCAUUGGUUGCAGCAACGGGAUCCAGGAUCUCAUUGGUGGAUUGCCCAGAGGGGGACCGGUUGAACUCAUUACCGCAAAGCUCAGGGCUUGAGGUUAACUACUCUGGACCCACGAUCACCCAGACGGCAGAAUGUUGCCUGUCGCAAGCCCACACGCUAGUCGACCAGACAGAGAGACCCACCUCUCCCCCAGAGGAGGCCCGAGGAGACUGUCGGUGGGAUGGGGCAAGGCCCACAGGGGCAGGGGAGUUACCCACCCCCAAUGUGCGGGGUCUUUCGUCGGAGCGGGAGCACCAUGGAGGGGAGGAGGCGAGAUGGCCGGACGGUGUGACAACAGCUGCACCUGUACACAACCUGAGAGGUGAACAGAGGACAUCAGGGGAGGCCAGAGAACGAGAGGGAUUGUCAAGCCGAGGUCACCCUGCUGAAGUAUCCCAAAGGGAGCACAGCUCAGAUUCCACUGAAGAAGGUUCCCCCGAGGUUGACGUGCGCAGAGGCCGGGGAGGGGGAAGGGAUUCACCUUGCCAACCUUCCAAACAGCAGGAGGAGCUGACACCUCCAGCCCAGCAACUGCCCGAGGCCCCUCCGCCCAGUCCGAGCGAGGCCCGUCUGCCUGGUCCCUCCAACCCUCCUCCGCUUGGUCCCACGGGAGCCCCUCCACCACAUCCACCCCACCCUCCCACACGCUGUCCGUCAACUGCCCCUCCGCCCUGUCUGAGCGAGACGCUACUGCCUGAUCCCUCUGACCCCCCUCUGCCUGAUCCAACUGAUGCAUCUCCGCCCCAUCCACCCCACCCUCCCACGCUCCUGGUGCCCCCGCCCUGUCCAACAGAGGCCCUCCUGCCCGGUCCGUCUGACCUCCCUCCGCCUGGUUCAACAGACACCCCUCUGCCCAGUCCGUCCCAGUCCCCUCCGCCCGGUCCAACAGAAACCCCUCUGCCUGUGGUCCGUCUGCCCAUUCUGUCCGACACCCCUUCACCUGGUCCGUCUGACACCGCUUCGCCCGGUCUGGUCGAUGUCCCUCCUCCCCAUCCACCCACCACCCCUUCGUCCUGUCCGUCCGAUGUCCCCACUGAGGACCCCUCCCCAGGUCUGUCUCUGGUCCCCCUGCCACAACUUCCUGACGCUCCCAUAUGCCCACCAACCCAGGCCCCCUCACCUCCACACUCCGAGGCAAACUCACCAUCUACUCUGGCUCCCUCACCUCGACCCUCCGAGGCCCCAUUGCCUCAACCGUCUGACAUUCCCUCACCUCGACCCACCGAGGCCCCGUCGCCUCAACUCUCUGACAUUCCCUCCCCUCGACUGCCCGACACUCCUUCACACCAAGUGGCCAACAUUCCCUCACCCCAACUGUCUGAAGCCGCCUCACCCGAACCUCGCCAGGAAUCCCCCCACCGGCCAUCAGAUGCCUCGUCGAACCAUCCAACCAGCCCUGGGAGAGGGGAUAUCGAUGCUGCAACACAGAGCCAUCCCCGUCUCCUCGAUCCAGCGCUCCCCAGUCACGCCUGCACCACAACUCUGCUGGAGGUCGAUUUGGAUGUGCUGCAGUCGGAGGUCCUCUCCCUCCCAGGGAGCAGGGACCGGAGUGGCCGAGCCCUCGUCAUCCUCAUGGCUAGGAACCCCAUCCUGCACAAGCCCACCUGCAGCAGCACACAGCUGGCCAGGAUCCUGAUGUACCUCCACGCCAUCUCCAGGAAGGAUCUGCAGGAGCGAGGCCUCCGAGUGCUGAUGGAGUCCCACCAUCACUGGCCAGCUGCGGUGAUUUGGAAAGCCUUCGACAUCUUCCAGGGAACCGUCCCCGGAGGAAUCCACUCCAUUCUGGUGCUGACGGGCAAGGAGUCUCCGAUUGUCAAGGAGGGGCCGCGGGGCUCUCAGGUGAAGGUGGUGUCAUCGAUCCUGGCUCUGCACGAGUACGUGGACCCCGCGCAGCUGACCGAACCCUUCGGCGGAAGCUUCCAGUACAACCACCAGAAGUGGGCGCGAUUUCGCCAGAGCCUGGAGUCCUUGUCCGGAGCCUGCAGAACCUCCAUCCUGUUCCUGCGUAGCACCAGGCACCAGCUGGAGGCAAAGAGGCUUCCCCACACGCUGGAGGAGGUUGCUGUACUCAUCGAGGAGGAUCAGACAUUAAUGAGACAGGUCCUGCAGGACACUCGGUUAACGGGGCUGCAGCAGGAAGGGGCCGCCAUCCUGGGCAAGCUCAAGAGGGAGAUGGCUACCAACUCAGAGGACUACAGGGAUGCCAUGAAGACAACCUGUGCCCUCUACGACCAGGUGGACGAGGAGGUCCAUCGCCUGGUCCAGGUGUCCAACCAGCGCCUGAAGGAUCUGGAGAGCCUGGCGCAGUUCUGGUGGUUUGAAGACCAGUUUCGAGAGGUGAGCGACUGGCUGAGGGACGUGGGGCACCCGUGGCUGGAGAGGAGCGAGGAGACGGAAGAUUCUCUCCCGGCGCUCCGGCAGAGGCAGCAGGAGUUCCGGGACUUCAGCCAAACCGUGCUGGAGCGCAGCCAGAGGGCCCAGCGACUCCUUCAGGGAAUGUCCGGCUGGGACGUGGGAGUCUCUCCCCGCCUGCGGCCCUACGCUGACCAGCUGAGGGGGUACGGAGCGGGACUGGCCCGCUUCAGCCAGCGCCUCGACCAGCAGCGACUCCACGUCGACCACACCAUCCGGCUGCACCAGCAUCUCCAGACGGAUGACAGCUGGUCUCGGGGGAGCCUCCAGUCUCUGUCCACGGUGGGCUUGUCCCCGCUCCCUCGCCUGUCCCCGGGAGACCGCAUAUCUCCAGACAACAGGCGCCCCUCCCCGCCCUGCCCGCAGGGACAGGCCCGCCCACGGCCCGUGGUCCCCGAGACGGGGGGUCCGGAGGGCUGGCCCCGAGCGCCCGGCCCUCCUCACCCGGGCCACCGCUGGGCUCCCGAGGGUGCUGCCUCCUGCCUGGGUGGCAGCCGGACCCCCUGCCCCCAGCGCCGGAGCCCCCGCCCCACCGGCCCCUCCUGGCUCAGCGCCUGGUCGCUCAGCGGCAGCCCCUCGCCCCCUCGCCCCUCCUCCACCUCCACCCCGGACGUUCGAGCCCCCUGCCCCCCCCCCACCCCCCCUUCCCGAAAGGCGCAGAGCUUUGAACUGGGGCCCGGUGGGGCCGCAGGGCCGGGGGUCCUGAUCCGGGGCCUGGAGGUGAGCAGCAGCCAGCUGGUGGAUCGGACCUGCUCCCCCCGUGAGCACGUGAUGCUGGGCCGCAGGGCAGAGCGACUGGCACAGGCACCCUGGGGAGACUCGCCCGAGGUACAGCUCCCACCAAGGGCAGUCUUCAGCAGACCGCGCCGUGCGGUGGCCCAGGCUCUGGCAGCAGAGCGGCAUUACGUGAGUUCGCUGGAGCUGGUGACGGGCAGCUACGUGCCGGACCUGGAUCGCCCCGACGUGCCAGCGGAGCUGCGGGGCAAGAAAGGCCCGCUCUUCGGCAACCUGGAGAAGCUGCUGGACUUCCACAGAGAGCGCCUCCUGCCAGCGCUGGAGGCGAGCGCAGCCUGCCCACUGCGCCUCGGCGAGCGCUUCCUCGCUCACAGAGAGCAGUUCUCCCUCUACGCCCACUAUGUGAAGAACAAGCUGCAGUCUGACGCUCUGCUCGCCGCCCACGGCAACAUCUUCUUCAAGAGGCGGCAGCUGUUACUGCGAGACCGCACCGACCUGGCCGCUCACCUGCUCAAGCCCGUCCAGCGCAUGAUCAGCUACGGCCUGCUGCUGCGGGAGCUGGCGGGAGAAUGCGGCACCGACCAGGGGAGACAGCGGCUGCAGCUGCACACUGCCGCCGACAUGGUCGACUUCCAGCUCCGUCACGGACAUGACCUGCUCGCCAUGGACUCCAUCCGCGGCUGUGACGUGAGUGAGGGGAGGGGAGGGGGACGGAGAGACACCGGUCAGUGUACAGAUAUCCCCCUGUGAAACUCCGGGCAGUGUAGUGAUGUCCCCCAGAGAGGGACACAUAGAGAGAC